AUGUCUUCCUUUAACGAAACCUUUGAAGACGCCUUCAACACUACUUCCAAUGGUACCUACACUAACAACACAAAUGGAACGAAUUUCAACGGGACACAAUUUAAUCAAGAACCAGAAAUGGAGGAAAUAUUAAAAAACGUCUCAUUCUAUACUCCGAUAAUAUACAGUGCUAUAUUAUUGAUUUCCUUAUUAUUAUUUGCAUCUCAAUACAAGAAGAGCCAACUUAAGAAACGUACCGAAUUACCAUCCAUUUUUGAUGAAAAUGACGCUAGGGAUUUAUAUUUUGAAAUCAAAUCAAUGGAUGAUGUUCAUGAAAAAGUCAUCAAAGCUGCUCUUUUGAAUAGAGGUGCUGAGGCAAUCAGACGUUCUUUGAAGAUGAAAGAACUAGAACCACAAAUUGAAUUGAUUUAUAAGAAUGGGUCCGUCGGGGAAGAAUAUUGGCAACGUUUCCAAAAUGAAAUGAAGUUGAUGGAAGUGGAAUUUAAAGAUUGUAUACAAGAAGCUGAAGCUUUGCAACCGGGGUGGGUUCAAUUGUUUGUUGGAAAUGCAAGAGAAAUUUGCUUUAACCAAGCUAUGCAAAGACGUUUUGAUGCUAUUAUUAAACGUAAAGAAGUCUCUAUCAAGGAAUGGGACUUGAAAUUAGAUGAUAACGGUAUGUUAAUUAAGUAG